GCUCUGCCUACCGGAAGAGGAGGGGGAGGAAGAUGGCGGCGCUCGGGGAGCCGGUCAGGCUGGAGAGAGAUAUCGGUAGAGCAAUUGAGCUGUUGGAAAAACUGCAGCGGAGUGGAGAAGUGCCACCACAGAAGCUUCAGGCUCUGCAAAGGGUUCUUCAAAGUGAAUUCUGCAAUGCAGUGAGGGAGGUUUAUGAGCAUGUGUAUGAAACGGUGGACAUCAGUAGUAGUCCCGAAGUGAGAGCCAAUGCUACUGCCAAGGCCACUGUUGCCGCAUUUGCCGCAAGCGAAGGACACUCUCAUCCCCGAGUUGUUGAACUACCGAAAACAGAAGAAGGCCUUGGAUUCAACAUUAUGGGAGGCAAAGAACAAAACUCUCCUAUUUACAUCUCUCGGAUCAUUCCAGGUGGCAUAGCUGACAGACACGGAGGACUAAAACGAGGGGACCAACUUCUUUCUGUUAAUGGAGUGAGUGUUGAAGGGGAGCACCACGAGAAGGCCGUGGAACUGCUGAAGGCAGCUCAAGGAAAAGUUAAAUUAGUUGUUCGAUACACCCCAAAAGUCCUGGAAGAAAUGGAGUCACGAUUUGAAAAAAUGAGAUCUGCAAAACGCAGGCAACAGCCCUAAUGUGCUAUAGCUUAAUUUAUUAAACCUUCCUGUUUCAUUUUGCGUUUAGCUAAAAUAAUUUCACUUGUGACCUACUGCACUUCCCAGGAUUAUAAAAUGAUAUUUCCAUAAAAUACUAUAUUCCAUUUUAUAAAUGCUUAUAUUGACACCAUCUAUGGUCCAGAGAAGUUUAAACUUUUUUCUCACAAGAAAAAGGAAGAGGUGAAGAGGGCAAUUCUGUCCAGCUGUUUUUACAAAUCUUUUUUCAAAUGCAGAUUUUGUCAUAAAGUUGUUAUAGACUUUUUAAAAAGGCUUUUUUAAUAUCAGGAUGUACUUUUACAUGCAUCAUCUUUUUUUAAAAAAGAAAUUAGCUUCCUUCAUUUGGCUGCUUCCGUAAAGGUAAUGAGUCUUCAACUCUUUUUCGUUAUGAGCUGAAUUUUCAUUUCCUUGUAAAAUCACCUAGAAAUUUUACAAGAAAAAUGCCAUUCUGUAAAUCAGCUACAGCGGAUCAUCACAAUCGAUUCCACGUACUGGACAUGGUCAGUACUACUUUUCUAUUGUGUGAGGAGCACACAGUCAUAAUUCGGGAUGCUGUGGAGUUUUUUACAUUUAUUCGAAUCAAUGUACAGUACGUACUCGUAUAUAACUAUUUAUAAAAAAAAAUUGAGAAAACCCUGAAACAAUCAUUCCUAAAAUUUCUAUUCUUUCAUACUUUCAUACUUUAAGCGCUUAGUACAGUGCUCUGCACACAGUAAGCGCUCAGUAAAUGCGAUUGAUGAUACUGACAUUUGAGCGACGAGACAAGGAAAUAUAAUCCGAUUGUCCAAAUACGUGUAAUCACAAACCAGCUUUAGUCCAGAAUUCCAAUUUCAAACUUGUUUCACAUUUGUAUUCUUAAUGGCGUUCAUUUGAAUGCACAGACAUUUGUACAAUAUUUUAAUCCUGCAAUUUCUUAGAGGUGAGUCCCUUUGGAACUGGGAAGGUGUGGAGGAGGGGGUGUGCAAAGGAGAAAUAAUAAUUAGUCUUAAUAGAGUGUUCUCCCUCUUUUAGAAGAUUUUAAGCUGCAAAGGAGAGAUAUCGAAUUUUAGAUAACGAUGAGCCGCUCCGUGCACAGCAGACCGAACUGUAGGUUGUCUUUGGUUAUGAUACUGUUCGCUAGGCAGAUUAAUUGAGGUUAAGGUUCAGGACAGAAUAAGAAGAAACGUCUGUGACCACUUCGUUCCGUGGAAAUCAAAGUGUCCUCAAUCCCUGAUUCAAAGAGAAUAGCAGUGCGUUUCCCGUGUUUUGAAUCAAAACCUUGUAUUUCUGAAGUACUUCUCCAAACAGUUGUAGUUGCAGACACAUUUUCAAAGAAGAACUCGGAGAACGCUUUCCAAGUUUUUGACUUGGGGGUGAAAAGCUGUUCGCCCAAAUAGAGUAGCCGACAAUUUUCCGGACUGUCUGCUCGGUGUCACUGUUUAACUGGAAAGCGGCCUCACCUUUGACUGUGAAUAGAAAACUUGGAAAAACUGAAUUGUAGACAGUUUACAGGCUCGUCUAGAAUGAAGCAUUCCAAGAAAACGUGGCUUUUUCGAGUCCAGCGUAUAUGAAAGGUGAUAGCUGAAGCAACGUGGAGAGGCUGGACCACCUCAUGACCCAGUAGAAGUCACUAUUUGUAAAGUUAGUCCAAGGAGAUUAGAAACGUAGAUCUUUUCUGCAUGUUUAUAAGCACUGUGGGCCUGUAAAGAGGAUACCGGUUUUUAAUAGUUCUCAUCGUUGGGUUGAAUCGAACACUGAUAUUUAUCACGUAGGUAUCGAGCACUGGAUUGCAUGUUUGAGUCUGUCUUGUCCUCUGCAAAAUGUUGCUUGUUAUUAGUUAUACCAUGUUGUUGGAUGGUAUAUAUUUCAGGAUCGGUAAAUGUUUUGGAAUGUUGAGACCAAAAUAACUUGUUUAGGAGAAUUAUGAGCAUCUUUUAAUUUAAUUGUAAAAUUAUUAGAAAUAUUUGUUGUAGAGCUUUAUAUAUUAAAAAGAGGAAUUGGUGCAAAUGAAAUUAUUGUAACGUGUAUAUCUUGCAUUAAAGGGUAAAGUGUACUGCAUUUGCAGUAGUUU